AUGACUGUUUCGACGGGCGCGGCAGUGGGGAUCGCGAUGGGAAGCCUCAUUGCUGGAAUCCUCAUCUGUGGUCUGGUGGUGGAUCUGCUGGGUGGACAUAGAUACAUUCUCAAAAAGAGGCCUGCUAGAGGGGCAGAUGGCGAGGAUGGGAACCUCGAAGAGUCGAUAUUCGGAGAGAAAGCAUCUCGGUCUCAUCGAGGCGGACCCAUCGAUCCUGAAAGAAUCCUCUCGACGCCCGAACAACAACAAAACUCUCCUGUUAGUUCCCUCGAUUCCAGCUCUUCUUCCAUAGCUACCAUUGAAACCCUCGACCAAGAAGUUCGCCAAGAAUUCGUCAAUCUCAACAUUGCAAUCAAAGGCCACGCCGAACUGUACUACAAUCUCCGACCCAUCGAAGAUGAAGUCGCCCUCAAAAGCGCUUCGUGUGACACCAACCUCUCCACCCUUGACGAUCUCCUCGGUCCCACCGCGCCACUCGAUGCCAUCGCCAUGGACUCCCUCCUCCAAACGCCAGAAACCCGACACGAAGCCAUCCGAUUGCUGAUCGCAUGGUCACUCUUCCGAUUUAUCCAACUCGACGCACCCAUUGAAAGAACACUUUUACCUCCCGAAUUGGUGCAAUGCGCGCAAGCGAUGUCGCGACGUCGACAGGAUGUUUCGUCGGGAAAGAUGAUGACGACGACGACGAUGAUGAUGAUGGAUGAGGAAGCGAAGAAGAAGAGAUUGGAAGUUACAAGGAAACCUUUACCCUUGAAUUCAAAUCCGGGAAGUGGGGCUAGUAAUCGUGUGAUUUCUUCUCCUCCUCUACCUCAUGGUACUAGCACUACCACUAUUGCUCCCACGAAUGCAGCAGCACUACAAGAAGAACCCGACAACCGGAUCCUCUUUGCAAAAUGGAGAGAAAUCUCCGGAAAAUUAUUUCCUCCCAUUCACGCUCCUCCUCACCACAAUCUAUCAUCAUCAUCACCACCCUUCUCCUCCUCCUCACCACCACACUCCUCCUCCUCAGCAGCAGCAGCAGCAGCAGCAGUAACUAACCCUCAUCCCCACACCCCCCCAAACGAAACCACCACCACCACCACCACCCCUCACGAAGACCUCAUCACAACCCUCGUCUGCCUCCUGCAACCCUACAUCGCCACAGGCUACGGCGGAGCUCGCGUCCGCGAUUUAGAAAACGUCGUGGCAGCAACUACACGCUUGGGAUUUCGAUUGAUGUUUAGUUCGAGAACCGAAUGGGAAUUCGCUUGGUCCACGCUGAUGGCGGAUGAAUUUGUCGUUUUUCCGGCUCUGGUCAAAGUUGGAGAUGGGAGGGGCCAUAAACUCCGCCAAUCCAUCGUUUUAACAUGGGAAGAAACUGUCAAAUUGGGUGAACCCGUUUUGGAAGCUGUACAGAAACGAGCUUCGGAUUUGAGGAAUUUGGCGGAACAGAUACCUUGA